AGAAUUACCAUUGACAGCCGAAGCGCAACUUUUCCCCAGGCAAAGUGAAAUCAAGCCGCGGACUCGGACAAAAUAUAGUUCCCUCAUUUCAACUUAAAAUUAUCGAAAGAAAAGCGAACCGGCUCCCCCGUCGGACCCCUCGACGUUCGGCCGUAAUCCGGAGAGCAGCCUAGCGGGGCCCGAGCUCUCCCCGCCCGGUUUGGAGCACUUUUGAAGACGGGCGGAAAGUGUGUGAUGAGUCCUAGCCUGUAAAAAGAAGCGAGAACUUGCUUUGCAGCCCGAGUAGUUCUUCUUUCAAUUGUUAUUGUCGCUUUUAAAAAAUCUUUAAUUCACUUAAACUUCGUCUCGGCCGCGUCGAAAGUGGGAGAAAAGUGCUUUUCCGGUCGGAACAUGGAACUACAAGGCCUGCAAGAGGCGUUGAAAGUAGAAAUCCAAUGUCAUCAGGACGGAGAGCUUAAGAGACAGCUACACGACAGGCAAACAAGAAUAACAGCCCUGAGCGAUAAACAAAACCAGACGUUGUGCAAAGGCCUCAAUGAACUUCAGAACGGACAGAAGCUGGCAGUCAGAAGUUGUCCUGUAGGGACGACUAAGGCUCUGUCUCUCAUCAAGCCUCCCAGCCAGGGCAUCGCCAUCUCCGUGGUGCCGGCCAAGGCUCCCGUUUCCAUGGUGACCGCACACAUUAACGGACAGAAGGCGGCGAGCUCGGAGCUGCUGCAGACGUCCCCCAUCAGCCUCCAGACGGGCGGCAGGGUGGCGGCCCCCGGAGUCCACCCGUUCAGCAGCAGGAGAGCCGGAGAGCUGCCUCCCUCUCAGAUGCUGGGAACUCUCACUGCUGUGCCCAUCAAGGUGCCUCAAGUCAGCUCGCUGCACCGGCUGGCAGGACAAGCAGCCACCGUGCUACCUCAGGUCAGGCCAAAGACCCAGAUCCCCGACAGCCUCCCCCACAGUCCCCGUCAGGAGCUGCAGCCCCUCAGCCUGCAGAGGGCCACCGCCGUGGUCAGCCCUAAGGGCCAGGGCCCCACCCUGCCCACCGCCAACAGCACCUUCAGCCCCGACCACCAGCCCAACGGCCAGAGCGACCCCUCGCCGCCGGCUCCCCACGGCCACCCCGGGGGCCCCGAGUCCGGCGGCCCGGUCCAGCACGCCUCUGCGGGGCCCGGCGUGGCGUACGCCAUCAUCGCCGCCUCGCCUGCCAACAGCAACGGAGUGUCCGCCGUCAGCGAGGCCGUCAAGGUGAUUAUCAUCCAGCCGCAGGCCCCCAGCAGCACUGAGGGGUCCCCGGGGGCCCAGGCUGACCUCCCGUCACAGGAGGCCCCACCCGCCCCAAAAUCCCCGUCCCAGAAGAAAGAGGAGGACCCCGAGAAAAUCGCCUUCAUGGUCGCCCUCGGCCUCGUCACCACAGAGCACCUGGAAGAAAUCCAGACGAAGAGACAGGAGAGGAAGAGACGAAGCACAGCCAACCCAGCCUACAGCGGCCUGUUCGAGCCCGAGCGGAAACGUCUGGCGUCACAUUACCUGAACAGCUCGCUCUUCCUGUCAGCACGAGACUCUGAGGAUUUCAGCUGGAAGGAGGACUUGGAGCAUGACGACCACUGUGCCGUCUGUAAGGAGGACGGCGAGCUGCAGCCCUGCCACAACUGCCCCAGAGCCUUCCACCCCAACUGCCUCCACCCGCCGCUCAAAACCCCCCCCAGAGGCCCCUGGUACUGCCCCAAGUGCCAGAAGAAGGUGCUGAACAAAGAGAACAUGUCGUGGCCACAGAACUUCGUCCAGUCGUACGUUACACACAAGACGGUGAGGCAGGAGGAGAAGCGACGGCUGCUGAGACGAAACAACGAGCUGAAGAAAGAGUGCGCUCACCUGGAGGAACAAGAGGAGAAGCUCAACGACACGCUCAAACAGUGUAUGGACCUGAGGGAGAGACUGUUGGGGCAGCAGAGAGACACUCAGGCUUCGCUCGAGCGCCUCAAAGCUCUCAUCAGGCUGAUACAACGCGACCAGCUCAUCCAGGUCACCAUGACCACCACCGCCACCAUCACCGCCUCCCUGCUCUCCCAGUCCUGGAUCAAACCCGCCAGCGCCGCCGCCACCGCUCUCCCAGGCCCCUCGGCCACACCCCUGCCCCUGCAGAAGAGCCACGCCCACAGCCAGGAUGACGCCAACAACUAGCCCUCCGGUGCGCCGACUUUUUACCCGACUGGCGGGGGCGUUGAUUUCUUUUUUUUGUCUGAAUAAUAUCCAACCAUCUUUUCUCCGAGAGCGACAAAAGACUGAGAAAGAAGAGCCUCUGCCCUCCACUCGAUUCAAGUAUUUUUUAAAACCCAACACCUACAGUGCUUACGAGAUUCCUUUUUUUUAAGUUAUUUUCUAUUUAUUCUUGGCCUUAAUGUAUUUAUUACAAAAAGUUUAGAUUACAGCGCCGCCGCAGGAGCACGUCACGAGUUUUUGUGUGCGGCCCAAAAGAUAUUUCUUUUCUUUUUUUUUUAAACACAGGUAUAAUUAUUGUUCUGCAUAUAGUGAGAGAGAACAGUAGAGUUAGCCGUAGUAGAAGAAAACAAAAGGAUCGAUGGACGUGAACGGACUGUACAUUCAUAUAUCUGACUAGAUGUUUGUUCUCAUUCUCCUAUGAACAAUGUUUUUGCCAUAAUAAUUCAGGAAAGUGUUUUCAUCGUGUAUGUAAACGCAUACGAGCCUUCAAACAAAAGCAGAGAAUAACUUUUUUUCAGUAUUAAUAGAGUUAAAGUCAAAGAAAAAAGUAUUUAAGAUAAAAAAACUAGUGGAGAUUUUAGUAUUUUCAUGCUGAUGCCUGUUGAUAAAUGUAAGUUUGGAGUAUUCAAGGGGAUCACUGUACAUACGUUGUAUUAUUAUUAUCAUCAUCAUGAUCAUCAUCGCAGGUGUUUUUGUUUUUUUUACUCAAGUCACACGUGAGGCCGAGCUUUGUUUUCUGUCGACGGCAACGCAGACCAGAUUAUUACCACGCAAUUUUAAUGAAGUGCAGAAACAAGUGCGUGAACUAAAAAUAAUGUCUGAUUGUCGUACGUUAAAAGUUAGUUAAUAUGAAUCUGAAAGGCUUCGAAAAAAAUAAAUCAGGAAACUUUCACGUGACAGCGGUAGAUUUUAGAAAAGUGUUAUUUUGGCUUGAGAGGUUUCAGUUUAGUUUCUGCAUCUUAACAGGAAAAGAAAAUAAAACCCGAUAAUGUUCUUGGUUGUGUUGCCGUCGUUCUGCCGCAGAAAACAAACAGUUUGUUUUUUCACGCCUCCAUUCAGUCCCUUUCCUCUUUAACCAGUAUAGAAAAAUAUGCCAAAAACUUGUUUCUUUGUUUUUGUACUGGGAUCGCUCAUCUUAUCAAUAACGUCUAUAGUGCUUUCUUUCCUCCCUGCCCGUUUCAUAUUUUUUACUCUCGUGUUUUAUGAACGUUGUAACAGUGGCGAGCCUGUUAAUCUGACAGAUGAACACUGCCUCAAGUACAAAUCCUUUUUACGUCCAGGGUUUUCGUCUUUGUUGCGUCAUUUUUAUAGACACCAGUCAAUCAGAAGUGGGACUCGGUCAAACUGCAACAACACUGUUUGACCGCCGGCGGCCCCGCAGCGUGCAGACGGCGAUCGAACCAGGAAGCUGCGGUCGCGUCCCGCUCGGUCCACCUGUCUCGCUAGUCUUCCUGCUGGUCCAGAGAGGUUCAGUUUAAGUGUACAAACAUAGAUUUAGUCCAUUUUUUAUUUCUCAUGCUCACCACACAGUCGCGGUGCAGCUCUGCCACCUGCUGAUGCACAAACACGAACAAAAGGUUUAAACAAGUCAGAGAAAAAAAUGCCUUUAUCAAGAGAAAAACUGAGAAGAGGUGCUUUUAUUUUAUUUAAUCAUAUCCAGGUCGUCUGUGUUUGGUCUCUGAAGUAUUUAAGUGACUGAAUAGAUCGUUAAUGUUGGAGAAGUUUAAAACGUCCGAGGCUUCAGCAGCGGCUGAACGAAGCUGCAAAACAAACGAAAAAGGAGGAGAAAAGACGAGCAAUAUGGCAUCAAACCCGUUUCAUAACAUGAUUUCACCCCAAAGAAAUAAACGUUAGUAUAAAAGAACCUCUGAGGAAGAAAAGGCCUCGCUUCGCUUCAAAUGAAGGAGUUCGUCUUUAGUGCGCCUCGACGCCGUGAAUCGUACAAACGUGGAGAACAGCACACUUUCAGAGAGUCUCCCCGCGAAGACGUUCACGGUGUUCACGUGAAAAGUGACGACGUGCGAGUGAAGCAGGCCGAGGCCUCGCGUCAGAGGAAACGUCGCUGCGAGCAGAAAAUCCAACCGUUUGAUUAUCAAUUCCCCGAAGCACAAGGCGAUCGAUUUCUGUUCAAAAGAUUUUCAGUUUACUUGACCAAAAAUCAGAGUAGCUUAAAAAAAUAAGUGUAAAGCGAUUAAAUCGGCACACACUGGUGCUGCAACUAUCAGUUGUUUUUAUUUUUGAUUAAUCAUUUAGCCUGUACGUCAGAAAACGAUUUUAAAAAGUGAUGUUUUCAAGGAGCCUCUUUUGGGUCGUUGUCAAACCUGAAGCAGAAAAGCAGCAAAUGCUGUUUGACUUAUCGAUUCAUCGUUUCUCGUCUACGCUAAAACAUUUUAGACCCUGAAGAUAAAAUAUUUAGCUCUGACAUGAUGAUUUUCAGUCGUUUUUCUAAAAUGAUUAAAGGGUAAUUUCAGUAUUUUCACACAUGUGAGAUAUUCCACACCAACAUUAUGUAAAAACAGAGCCCAGGUUUAGAAAUACAGAAAUGACCCUUUAUCCGUAAACAGUUUGGCUCGGAGACGACAAAUCUGACGAACAGGUCAAACGUAGCUGUUUCUGAAUCUGAACAGACAGUACAUCGUUUUCUGACUAGUGAGUUUCUGCUUUCACGCAACACUCUGAGCCAAAUGCACAUUAUGUUUAAUAUAUAUAUAUAUUAAAAUGCGCUUUAUCAGAAUACAGAACCAGGAAGGUGUCUUGUUAAAUUGUUCUGUCCCUCAAUUCAGUAAAUUCCAGAGACGCCUCGCCUGAAGCAAACCGUCUGCAUAUAUUAAAAAUCAUUAAUUGUUUUUAUGAAAUAAAACAUUUACUGUCAGAGGAAGAAGGCAGAAUUUAAAUUUCACACAGCAAAUGCCAAAUGUAAUGAGUGUUUGUCCAUCAUCUAACUUCGGUGACCACGAGACCUGAAGUCACCGUCAAAAUAAAAAAAAAUUUCACGUCUCUUCAUUAAAUUUGGCCCUUUUAACAGAUUAUUAUUGGAUUAACAAACAAGUAAUUUUACUUCACUUGAGUAUUUGUUACUUUAUACUGGAAAUAUUUUAUUUUUCCCCCACAUUUAAAAACAUACAACACCUAUAAUAAAUAUAAUCAUAGAUUAAACAACCCAAAUUACUGACAAAUUCUCUACAGUUUAAUUUUGAUAUACUGUGAUAAACAUAGUAUUUUACUGUUUACUCGAGGCGGUCUGUGACCCAGAUCCUGACGCACCUCCAUGAUCACUCAGUAAUAUUUAUUAUGGCAUUUCCUGUGUAAAAUAACGUGCCUCCCUCAAGAUAAAAUGUUGUUCUUUAGUUCAGGCGGGGCUGCCUCUGCUUAACACCUUACAACUUAAAAACUUUUAAUAAACUCAACGGAUUUCUAUCAAGUUUAUUAAAACAUAGUUUCAAAAAAACAGUUUACAUAACAAAACAAUGAAACAGAUUACUUUAACGAGCAGAAGACAUAUUCAGCAGACACUCUCCAGGCUCUGUACCUGUAAGACAAGGAGCAGGUGUGCGUUAACGCUGUACCUGUAUGGAAGAGGAUUAGGGCCACAUGAGAUAAAAUUUAUUUGAGUUCUGAGUUUAAAGUUCUCACAGUUUUGACUUUUUUUUCCUCAGAAAGUCAGAGGUCUGACUUUAAACCCAAGAGUUCUUUCAUGUGAAAAAUGUAACAAUAAUACAUUUUAUUUGAAGGCGCCUUUCAUGGCACUUAGGUCACCUUAUAACAAGAAGCAAAAGUACAUCGCAUCAUAAAAAUAGCAAAAGAAAAAAAAAUUAAAUUUAAAACAUUCAGUCAACAGUCAAAAUGGGAAUCGGUGUUGUACAUUACAGUGAGUAUGCUAGUUUAAAAAGAUGAGUUUUGAAGUUUGCAAUAGAGUCCAUUGUACAUUGUAUUUGAUUUUCGAGUUUGAAGUCAAAAUUGUGUCACGUAAAAUGUAAAGUUAGAAUUCUGAUAAAAAAAAGAGUCUAAAUUCUGAAAAAAUAAUAAUUCUGAGAAAAAGUCAAAAUUUUGUUAUGUAAUAUGUAAAGUCAGAAUUGUGAGAAGAGUCAGAACUCAAAAAGGUUUUUCACAUGUGGCCCAAAUCCUCUUCCGUAGUACCUGACAUGCCUUUAUAGACGAAUAAAAUCAUCAUCAUCAGUGUGAAGAAGUUCAGUCUCACAGAAUGUACCAUGUGAUGCAUAUCGUGUCCUCACCUGAGACAGGAAAGAAAAAAAGACGGAAACCAUAUCAGCGCUCCGUGCCGCGUCGAACCCCCCCCCCACCUCUUCAUCCGUUUCUAGAAAUCUUCUCCGGGAGAAACU